AUGGCAAGCAUCGAGGCAACAUCACAGGGGCCAACUACUAGGAGCCGAGCCCAUCACCAACGUACUGGCUCGCGGGAGGAGCCUUAUAGCCUUGAGGAGCGCAUGGACCGCAUGGAGGACGCGGUGGAACGCAUGCAUGAGGCUGUGGAAGGCAUGGAUACUCGCAUUGUGGAGCUAGAGGGUGAUGUAGAGUGGCUGCGAGGUGAGUUCCAAGGGGCCCUUAAUGAGGGAUUCGACCGACUUUCCAAAGAGUCAUCCGAGCGAGACGAUGCUCUUGAGGCCAUGGUGGUGGCAUUGAGGCGAGAAGUGGAGGAACUUCCCCUCAUAGUGGCCUUGCGGAAGGAGGUCGAGGAACUCAGGGAGGAGCUCGAGAGGUGUAAAACCGCCGUAGGAAGGGGUGUGUUAGCGAGCAUGCCUACAACCAAGGUGGAUGUGCCAAAGCCUAAGGAGUUCAAGGGGACACGUUCUGCCAAGAAGGUUGACAACUUCCUAUGCGGCAUGGAGCAAUAUCUCCGGGCGACAAAUGUCACCGACGAGGCAACCAAGGUAAAUACCGCUUCCAUGUACCUUGUUGACAUUGCCUUGUUAUGGUGGAGGAGGAGGGCAGCGGCCACCCCCGCUAUAAAGACUUGGGAGGACUCAAGAAGGAGUUCAAGUCCCAAUUCUACCCGGAGUAUGCCGAGGAUGAUGCGAGGGCCAAGCUGCGGAGGCUCACUCAGCGGGGCAAGAGGAGUUGAAGACCUAAACGAAGCAAUGACCGUGGCCAAGUCAUUGAUCGAAUUCAAGAGGCUCGAGAAGACCAACACGCCCAAGGAGAAAGGCAAGGGCAAAGUUGGGGGAGACCGGGACAAGUCGAGCAAGGGAGGCUGGGGUAAGUCCUUUUCCCAUAAGGGUGAGUCCUCUAACAAGGACAAGGAUAAAGAGAAGAGGCCAUUAGCAUGCUUCUUAUGUGAGGGGCCACACCGAGUAAGGGACUGCCCCAAGAGAUCCAAGCUCUCGGCCAUUGCAAGGGAGGAGCAACAACCCGAGAAGGAGAAGGAGAUUCUCAAGCUUGGAUCAAUCCUACUAUCCGUUGAGCCCAAAAGGCGACGCAAGAAGGGGCUCAUGUUCGUAGACAUAGAGGUAGCCGACCAUAAGGUGAAUGCUUUGGUGGACACUGGGGCCUCGGAUCUCUUUGUGUCCGAGGGAGGCGCCAAGAAACUUGGCCUAAAGGUGGACAAGGGCCAAGGUUGGAUCAAGACAAUGAACUCCAAGGAGGUACCGACCAUGGGAGUUGCACAAGGACUCGAGCUCAAGCUAGGAGCAUGGUCGGGCAAGGACAACAUCGAGGUAAUUCCUUUGGACGACUAUGACUUUGUUGUUGGCCUUGACUUUCUUGAUCGCAUCAAUGCACUCUUGGUGCCCUUUGCCGACUGCAUUUGCAUACUUGACCCCCGGAGUCAAUGCAUUGUUCCCGCCAUGGAGAAGGAGCAAGCUCCACUCGAGAUCGAGCUCGUGCCCAAUGCACAACCGCCUGCCAAGGCCCCAUACCGGAUGGCGCCACCUGAGUUUGAGGAACUUAGGAAGCAACUCAAGGAGCUUAUUGAUGCUGGCUUCAUCCAUCCAUCCAAGGCACCAUAUGGAGCACCGGUGCUGUUCCAAAAGAAGCAUGAUGGGUCCUUGAGGUUAUGCAUCGAUUAUAGGGCACUCAACAAGCUCACGGUAAAGAACAAGUACCCCAUUCCGCUCAUUGUAGACUUGUUCGAUCAACUUGGAGAUGCGAGGUUGUUCACCAAGCUUGAUUUGAGAUCAGGGUACUACCAAGUGCGCAUAGCCGAGGGGGAUGAGUCAAAGACCGCCUGUGUGACACGGUAUGGCUCCUAUGAGUUCUUGGUGAUGCCCUUCGGCCUCACAAAUGCUCCAGUCACGUUCUGCACACUCAUGAACAAGGUACUCCAUCCUUUCCUAGACCGUUUUGUUGUGGUUUAUCUUGAUGAUAUUGUGGUCUAUAGCCGUACCUUGGAGGAGCAUGUGGAGCAUUUGAAACAAGUCUUCGAGGUACUCCGGGCUCAUGAGCUAUAUGUCAAGAAAGAGAAGUGCUCAUUUGCCCAACACGAGGUACCUUUCUUAGGCCACAUUGUGGGAGGUGGCCAUAUUCGCAUGGACCCGAGCAAGGAGGUUCAUCCAAGGCUACUCAACAUCACCACACCCUUGACGGAGCUACUCAAGAAAGGGAGAACGUGGGAGUGGAGUUCAAAGUGCCACCAGGCAUUUGAGAGGCUUAAGGAGGAUGUGACCAAGGAACCAGUGCUAGCCUUGCCGGAUCACACCAAGCCAUACGAGGUCCACACGGAUGCCUCUGACUUUGCUAUUGGAGGUGUGCUUAUGCAAGAAGGGCAUCAGAUCGCCUUUGAGAACCGCAAACUCAAUGAGACCGAGUGGCGUUACACGGUCCAAGAGAAGGAGAUGACCACAGUAGUCCAUUGCCUGCGCACAUGGAGGCACUACUUACUUGGGUCGAAGUUCGUGGUGAAGACCGACAACGUUGCCACGAGUUAUUUUCAAACUCAAAAGAAACACACACCGAAGCAAGCUCGUUGGCAAGACUUCCUUGCAAAGUUCGACUUUGAGUUCGAGUACAAGCCGGGUAAAGCCAACAUGGUGGACGAUGCACUUAGUAGAAAGGCCACCCUUGCUACCAUUAGCCGCCUCGAGAUGGACUUGACUGCACGUAUCAAGGAGGGGUUGCAACAUGAUCCAACUGCUCGAGCCAUAAUGGAAUACGCCAAGGAAGGAAAGACUCGACGAUUUUGGCUCGAGAAUGACCUCAUCUACACAAGGGCACUUGUGGAGGAACACUAUUAUUGGCCGCGCAUGAGGGACGAUGUGGAGACAUAUGUGAAUACUUAUCUUGUGUGUCAACAAGACAAGAUCGAGCAAAGGCUACCUGCGGGACUCUUGGAGCCGCUUCCCAUCCCCGAGCAUCCAUGGGAGAGCGUUUCUAUGGAUUUCAUAGUGGGACUACCCAAGGUGGAUGGGUUCGCUAAUAUCAUGGUAGUGGUGGACCGCUUCUCUAAGUAUGACACUUUCAUCCUGACACCUAAGGAGUGCCCGGCCGAGAAGGCAGCUUGGCUAUUCUUAAAGCAUGUGGUAAAGUAUUGGGGUGUGCCCCGCAACAUUGUGAGUGACCGGGACAGCCGCUUCACUAGCCGGUUUUGGAUGGAGUUGUUCAAGCUCUUGGGGUAUGACUUGAACAUCUCUACCGUGGGACAUCCCCAAACUGAUGGGCAAACCGAGCGGGUGAAUGCCCUAUUGGAGCUAUACUUGUGGCACUAUGUGAGUGCCACACAAAAGGAUUGGCCAAAGUUGCUGGACGUGGCCCAAUUCUCAUAUAACUUGCAGCGGAGCGAGAGCACGGGGAAGAGUCCGUUCGAGGUUGUCAUGGGACUACAACCGGCUACCCCGAGUCAGUUAGCAUCGGGCUACACCGGCCCCAAUCCAGCAGCAUACAAGUUUGCCAAGGAGUGGCAAGAACAGGCAGACUUAGCUUGUGUGUGCCUACACAAAGCCGCCAAGAAGACUAAGAAGUGGGCGGACAAGAAGAGGCGGGACGUGGAGUACCAAGUGGGUGACUUGGUUCUUGUCAAGCUUUACACCACACUUAAGAAUCCGGGGCUACACACGGGGCUUGUGCACCGAUAUGAGGGUCCUUUCCGAGUUCUUAGGCGAGUAGGCAAGCUGGCCUACAAGUUUGACAUACCUCGAGGGUAUAAGUUCCGGAUGCACCCAGUCUUCCAUGUGAGCCUGCUCAAACCAUACCAUGCUGACGAGGAAGACCCGAAACGAGGCAAGUCAGGGCGUGCACCAUUCCGCAUCACAACAAGGUUUGAGAAGGAGGUUCAAUCCAUCAUUGCCGAGCGGGCGGUGGGACGCAAAAGGAAGGGAUGUGUACAGAAAAAGGAGUACUUAGUGCUUUGGAAGGGGCAACCCGAGACUGAGGCAAGUUGGGAGCCAGCCGAGGCACUAUGGCAAUUUGAGGAGUAUAUUAGGCGCUUCCAUGAGGAAGAGGCGACGAGGGCGUCGCCGAGCUAG